UCUCCCCAGGCCUCAGAGCAGGCCUGUUUGCUGCUGUCUUUGGCGCUUUGUGUACAAACAGCUGAAAGGAGACGUAGUAAUGGGCUCGCUGUCGACAGCCAGAUUGUGAAGAAGCCAGUACAGACACGUGCUCUUUGGGGAAUGACACCCUGAUGCUGGGCUCCUCACGGAGGCCAAAAGUCCGUCUCUUGGGCCCAAAGCCGAGUGGAGAAGCAGGAAGAGUCUGGAAAGGCAGAUGGAACACAUCCUGCAGGCACAAAAUAAAAGCCACCAUGGAGGCUGCAGGCCCCACUGCAGAGUCACCAGGGACAGCAGAAACAGGCCCGGGGGCAGCACCAGGCCGCAGUGCACAGUGCAGGAGGAAGAGAAGCUGAGCUCGGUGCCCCACAACUGCUCCCUCCGCUCCAGGAGGAAUCCUCCCCCGCCCUCGUCCUGCGCGAGGCUGCGACUGGUGGCCCGAGGCAUCGCCGACGCCCUGGCGGUGCUGGGCAGCUUGCGGAGCUGGAGCUCCGAGCCACUCCCGGGCACCGGCCCCACGCUGGAGCUGCUGGCUGCGGUCUGGCGGGACAUGUCUGCCUGCUUCCAGCCGGGCCCUCGGGGCUCCUCCAGGAAGUUCCAGCACACUCAGAGGAGGGCCCGGAAAAGGCCCGGGAAACCGAAAACGCAAAAGCUCAGAGCUAAGUCACCUGGAUGCCAGGAAGCCACGGUCAUCUUCAGCCUCCUGCGCCUGCUCACGUGGGACCUGAGGCUGGUGGCACACUCGGGGCCCUGCCUCUGACCCCCCAGUUCCCUUAGCCAGCCCUGGGACUGAGGCCCCGCCCUCAGGUGCCUCACCGGGGCCCAGGCAGGAGCUCCCACCCACAGGGCAGGGGAUCCCCACGACUGCAGCCCUGGGACACUUACACUGGCCUCUCAGGGUGGGGGACUCCAGGCCACCUUCCGAAGGACCCAGGGAGGCCUCUGGGGUGUUUUGCCCCCCAGGGGGCUCUGGCAGAAAGAG